GAUGAAGAAGACGUUAUAGGAAUUAAUGUUUGCUCGUUGCCAUGCAUGAUCAAUAUUUCCAACCCAGUUAUGAUCGAUCAAGAGUACUGCCAUUACCAAGAUAAGGGAAAAUAGAAGUAAACAUGGCAAUAAGUUCAAUUUCUUCAAUUCUUCGUUUCUCUUGUUAUGUUAUUCUUCUGAGUCAGGCAUAUUAAUUUGAUGAUGAAGGUGAAGUGUUGCCGCCACCAACGAGCAUCAGAAUCACUUGCAAGAAUUUUGGACUAAUGGGUACAACGGGUACCCGUAAUACCCAAACGGGUAUUAACGGGUAACCCGUGAGUACCCAAAGUAGCGAUUCUUGAUCCCAAGUCCCAUCCCGUACAAAAAAUUACGGAUAUUUGGGUACCCGUAACCCUCAAAGAACGGGACGAGUAUACCCAAUUACCCGUUUCCCGUUGCCCACCCCUAUGGGAGAUUGCAUGGAUGGACACGUGCAAAAUCGACUCCAAGGAGGGGUCGCUUAGUUGGGCCUUGAAGACCGACAGAGUGCUGCGCAAGGGAGAGCGAGCCCGAGGCCUGCUUCGGGUAAGCCUGUUUUCAGUCACAAGAGACGAAGUGCAAGAGGCUUACAUGUGAAGAGGUCACCGCGGGCUAGGUCUGGUCGCCUCAUACGCCAACGCUCCCCGUUGAAAAGCCGAGCUGGGACCAUGUGGGGCGAUCCUGUUGUGGAAGUAGGCCCAAAGCGAGAUUUGGGCGGAAGAAGGAAGGGACAGCCCAACCAAAUCAAACCCGGGAUGAGGGGUUCGGAUGUGGGUCGGAAUAAAAAAAAAGAAAGGUCGGUUGCGGCUCACUCAGCCCCUGCUGCGCCGAGCCCAACUCGACUUUUUUGGAGGAAGCUGAUCCUGGCUGAAUCUGAAGACGAAAUGGAGCCUCAAGUGAAGGAGCAGGGACUAGCUAACCAAGCUCAAACGGUGGCGAAGGGCUACAUGCGGAGACUUGUGAAAGCUGCGAUUGAUCCUCUUCCCAAGGGGGCUAAUGAUAAUCAUCGUAAAAAUUACACUGAGGAUGAGGAGGAUUUGUUGGAUCCCUCCUCGGAGGAUAAUGCUUUCCGCUUUGAGAUUAAAACUCGGGCACCCAGGAAGACAACCAUGCCGGCACCUCAGAGAUUGAAGGGAAGAGUUCAGCAGGUUGUGGUUGCUUUUGAAUCCGGGUUGCACAUCAAAACAGGGGAUGAUGACCAAGGGAAUAAUGCUCCGGCUUCGGAACUUGUGCAAGGGAUGAAGGAUUGGGAGGAAGAUAAUGAAGGCUGGGAAGUUGGCCAACUCAAUGAAUAUGGGUCCAACCUUGUUGAUCCGGAUUUUGGCAGUCGUAAACGCCCAUUGAGUGAGGUGGAUGGGGAUCUGGGUGAUGAUCCCAGCUCCAAGAAGCAGUUUGUGGAAGAUGAUUCUGAUAAGGUGGAGGUAGCCAGCCAAAAAUGGCCCCAAUAAGAUAAAUGAAGAUUCUCUCAUGGAAUGUGAGAGGAAUUGGGCCAUCCCUCACAUUUCAAACUGCUGUCUGUUUAGUUCAUUCUAAUAAAUCGGACAUUGUUUUCUUUUCAUAAACAAGAUCGCGCUGGCGAGUCGUCUCCCGUCGUAUGCGGGGAUUAGGUUUUGAUAAUUUUCAUUGUUUUUGUGUUGAUGCCAUCGAUUCUUCCGGUGGACUUGUUUUAGCUUGGGCCCCCGAAGUUAAUGCUUCCGUAUUUUUCCAUUCCAACUUCUGCAUUUGUACUCAAAUUAAUGAAGUGGAAUUUUCAUA